AUGGAGGAAGGAGCGAAGGUCGGACGAAGGAGAAGCUUGGGAGGAGGACGCGGGAUGAAUGGGAGAAGGUCAGGGGGUGGAGGUAGCGAAGCCGGAAAAGCUGGUGCCGAGGAAGCAGGAAGCGGAGAAGAGCCGGAGCAGAAGCGGCAGCUGGCUGCAGCCGAAGGAGGGGGAGAAGGCGAGCAAGCUGGUAGGCAGAAGGGGGAGGGGAGAAUUCUGGUGCGAGAAGGCAGGAGGGGGCAGAAGGAGAAGCUGCCCGUGGCGCAGAAGAAGGCAGGAAGGGCAGAAGCUGGUGCCGAGGAAGGAGGUAAGGGCCGGAGAAGGGAUGCAAGCUGGUGGAGAAGGAGCAGGAGCAAAUGCUGGUGGCAGAAGGCAGGCAGAGGGAGAAGCGAGCAAGCCUGGUGGAGCCCAGGUAAGCCGGCGUAG